UUUUUAUCUGUGAUUAAUAAUCUUACAAAUGUUAGUCUGAGCACCCCUCCCGAUCGUUCAUUGUAUAUCCAACUUCGAAAUUUUUUGCAAGCCAGAUUGUCGGCAAAAACUUUAUGAGUCAAAAGGAGCAAAAGCCUACGCUCACGGGGCACCGAACUCGGACCCGAAAGAGGGAUGAGAAAGAGAAAUACGACCCAACUGGGUUCCGUGAUAGUAUCCUACAAGGACUUAACGAAGCUGGCACAGAUUUGGAACAAGUGUCUAAAUUCUUGGUUGAAGCUGGCCAUAAGCUGAACUACAGGCUUUAUGGGGAAACCCUUCUCGACAUUUUAUUUGCUGGUGGUAUUUUAGCACCUGGAGGAUCAGUAGUAGAGGAUACGGAUAAGACCAAGGUUUGCCGCAGCGAGGUCUGCGUCUUCACCACCGAAGAAGAUGUCAAGGCAAUGCAAAACUUUUGGGAGCAAGUGUUCAGCAAGGUGACCAGACGUUUUAAAUACCUCGAAAAGAAACUCCAAGAUGAACUUAGCAAGAUUAUCCUGUUCCUUAAGGGAUUCAGUGAGGUGGAACGUAAAAAGGUAGCAAUGUUUACCAGCAUCUUACUGACUGAAAACGAGGUAGAUGCUAAAUGCCUCCUAAAUCUCUUCAAUGAUCAUCUAGUCAAAGAUGGUAUCGCCUUGCAGUUUGCAGUGGAUAUGUUUGCAGUAUGGUUGAAGGAAAAGGAUAUGGCCAGCAUCGCUGGGGUGCUGAGUAAGGCACAACUUGACAACAGACUAUUGGAACUUAUGCCAAUAUCAAAGAGAAGUGAAGCCAACUUUGAAAAUAUUUUCACAGAAGCGGGUUUGACUGAUUUUGCAAAGUAUCAGAGGGCUAGAGCUCAUGCUGAAAGCAAGAAGCAACUGUACAAAGAACUUUCUGAGAUCUUCGAAGAAUCCGGAGACAUAAAAGAGAUACAAAGUGUGAUCCAGGAAACUAUGAAGAAGAAUGAUUUCACUGGCAAGGACAUCAUUGCUGUGCUCUGGAAGGUUAUGAUGAACUCCCAUGAAUGGCCGAAAAAAGAGGAGCUUAUUCCAGAACAAGUUGGACGAUGCUUCAAGAAAUACAUGCCACUAUUCAAGACCUUUGUUAAUAAUGAACGCACUGAAGCUGAACUUUUGCUGAAGAUGCAGGAAUACUGUCAUGCUAAUAUGAGGAAAAUGUUCAGCAAGAUGGUCACCUGGUUUUAUUCAUCCGAUGUACUGUCUGAAGAUGAGAUUCUGAAGUGGUACAAGUGUAACAACAAUCUCAAGGGAAAGGCCUACUUCAAUGAACAGAUGAAGAAAUUUGUUGAUUGGCUUAACACUGCUGAAGAAGAAUCUGAUGAAGAUGAUGAUGAGGAUGAAGAAGAGGACCAAGAUCAAGAAGAAAAAUAGACCUUGAGCGUUUCAAUGCCUUAUUCCAAAUGUCAUACUGUUAUCAUGUAUCACCUGUAAUUUGAUAUUGCAUUUGACCCAAAAUCCUCAAAUAGUAUUAAAUUGAGGCUUCCGUUGCAAUUGCUUCUAGUUUAUUUCAGGAAGCCUUUUGUCUUAUUCCUUAAAGGGAAAUUCACCCUGA